AUGAUUCUUUUCUCUUCUUUUUUUUUUUAUUUAUUUCCUUUCUUUUUCUUCUUUGCAUUUCUCUUGCUUUUUUCUUUCUGUUUUGUUAUAUUUUUUCAUGUUUUUUUUUCUUAUGCUUGUACAUUGUUUCUUUUCUUUUUUCAUUUUCCUUCACUUCUCUAUUGUUUUUUCUCAUCGUUUACUUUCUUUUUUCUUUCUGUUUCUUUCCAUUACUUCUUUAUUUUUUCGUCAUUUUUCCUCGAUUAUGAACAAUUUUUUUUUUUUCUUUUCUUUUUUCUUUUAAUUCCUUCUUUUUUUUUCUUGUUCGCCGUUUUUUUUUCCUAUGUACGUACAUUAUUUCGCUUCUUUUUCUUUCUUUUUUCCUUUACGUCUAUAUUAUUUCUUCUUCAAUUUCUUUUUCGUCGUCUACGUACAUUUUUUUCUUUUCCUUCUUUUUUCUCUGUCUCUUUCCCUUUACUUCUCUAUCUUUCUUCUUCGCCGUCUUUUUCGUUGUCUUUGGACAUUGUUUCUUUUCGUUUUCUUUCUUUUUUUCCCAUUACUUUACUUUUUUCUUCACCUUUUUUCCUUAUCUAUCUGCAUUGUUUCCUUUCUUUCUUUCUUUUUUCUUUACUACACCAAACGAGGGAAAAACAAAAGUAA